AAAUACAACUUAUCUAAAGGAUCUCUCGAGGUAAUAAUGAGAGGAGGCGAAUUUCCUACCCCUAUAAUGCAGGUUUUGGGAAGCAAAAAAAUAACAUCAGGGACUGGAAAUAAAGAAAGAUUCCGUAUGUUACUGUCCGAUGGAAAAAACUCCAUCAACUUUGCCAUGUUGACCACUCAAAUCAACGACAAAGUUAGUUCCUCAGGCCUUGAGACUUUUACAGUAAUCAAGAUCGAUAAGUAUAUUACCAGCAUAAUCAAUAACUCUGGAAAAGGAGAAACUCGUGUCUUGCUGAUCCUGGACAUGACAGUUCUUCACGAAGGAUCGGUAGUUGGCGAGCGUAUUGGAUCGCCUUCCCCUCUCAACGAAACAAGUGAUUCAUCUAAAGCUGUAUCUACACCAAAACAGAACCCUCCUACAUCAAAUAAACCUUCCGCAAGUAAUGUGACUGUUGCCAUGGACACUAGCGAAAACAUAACCAGUCAGAAUACCGUAACGCAUCCGAUUUCCAGUUUGAGUCCAUACCACAACAAAUGGGUAAUCAAAGCAAGAGUCACCAACAAAUCUAGCAUUCGUACUUGGUCCAAUUCAAGAGGGGAAGGAAAGCUGUUUAGUAUGGAUCUGAUUGACGAAAGCGGUGAAAUCAGGUUAACGGCAUUCAGGGAUCAGGUGGAUAAAUAUUAUGACUACAUACAGGUGGACAAAGUGUACUUCAUCAGCAAAUGCCAGUUGAAACCGGCCAAUAAACAGUACAGCACGUUGAAGAACGACUACGAGAUGACGAUGACUUCCGAAACAGUCAUUCAGGAAUGCGUGGACGCUGACGACUCUGCAAUUCCCACUACUAAGUAUGAUUUCGUCACCAUCGACAAGAUAGCGAAUGCCGAGGUCAAUUCGUUGAUAGAUGUGAUUGGAGUAACUAAAAGCGUUGGAGAAUUGCAAACUUUCCAGGCGAGGUCUACCGGUAGGGAGUUGAAGAAGAAGGAAGUCUUGUUGGUGGAUCAGUCUAAAACAGGGGUAAGUUUUGCUUGGAUAUUUUUCUUCAUCUACUUCAACACUCCCUGGAUGAGUUUCAAGGAGGUGCAGGACCAGAACUUGGGGAAUGCUGAAAGGGGAGACUACUACCAAGUCAUGGGUACGGUUCUGUUGAUCAGAUCAGAGAACGCAAUGUACAAGGCGUGCCCCACAUCGGACUGCAAUAAGAAGAUCAUCGAUUUGGAAAACGGCAUGUACCGCUGCGAGAAGUGUAAUAGGGAAUUCCCGAACUUCAAAUGGCGUUUGCUAGCCAGCAUGAACGUCGGUGAUUGGAGUGGAAACCAGUGGGUGAGCAUGUUCAGUUCGGAGGUGGAGAAAGUCCUAGGUAUGACAUCCGAGGAAGUGGGACAGCAGGUCGAUCAGAAUCCGGAAGCGAUCUCUGCCAUAACGGACAAGGCACAUUUCAAACAGUUCGUACUGAAAUGCAGGGCCAAGAUGGAGACGUACAAUGAUGAAAGUCGUUUGAAAACGGUUGUAUUGAAAGUGGAUCCCAUCAAUUUUGAGGAAUACAACGCACACCUUAUUGAGAGGAUAGAGCAGCUUAUGGCAUGAUAUUGAUUAACAUCUUUGUAAAGUUUUUUUUAUUGAACGUGCCUUGUUGAAGAAAGCUUUUUUGCUGGAAUUUUGUUCGUUUAUAUGAAUAUUUAUAUUCCUUUAGAAUUUUUUAUAAUGGCACAUUUUCUUUCAACUUCUGCUUUGCAUGGUAGGGUGUAUUAUCUGUAAUUAUUUUGAUAUUCAAUAAAUUAUUAUUUACAGU